AAUUCCUUUUUGUAUCAAAUCAUUGCAGAUGACUACAUGUGAAACUGAUACGCCCUGUGUGAGCUCCCGGCCUGUGCUGGUGUCAGAGCCCCAGAUGAAUGAAGCGGCCAGUUCAGAGGACACUGAUCCACAGAUGACUACAUGUGAAACUGAUACGCCCUGUGUGAGCUCCCGGCCUGUGCUGGUGUCAGAGCCCCAGAUGAAUGAAGCGGCCAGUUCAGAGGACACUGAUCCAGAGAUGCCUACAUGUGAAACUGAUACGCCCUGUGUGAGCUCCCGGCCUGUGCUGAUGUCAGAGCCCCAGAUGAAUGAAGUGGCCAGUUCAGAGGACACUGAUCCACAGAUGACUACAUGUGAAACUGAUACGCCCUGUGUGAGCUCCCGGCCUGUGCUGAUGUCAGAGCCCCAGAUGAAUGAAGCGGCCAGUUCAGAGGACACUGAUCCACAGAUGACUACAUGUGAAACUGAUACGCCCUGUGUGAGCUCCCGGCCUGUGCUGGUGUCAGAGCCCCAGAUGAAUGAAGCGGCCAGUUCAGAGGACACUGAUCCACAGAUGACUACAUGUGAAACUGAUACGCCCUGUGUGAGCUCCCGGCCUGUGCUGGUGUCAGAGCCCCAGAUGAAUGAAGCGGCCAGUUCAGAGGACACUGAUCCACAGAUGACUACAUGUGAAACUGAUACGCCCUGUGUGAGCUCCCGGCCUGUGCUGAUGUCAGAGCCCCAGAUGAAUGAAGCGGCCAGUUCAGAGGACACUGAUCCACAGAUGACUACAUGUGAAAUUGAUACGCCCUGUGUGAGCUCCCGGCCUGUGCUGGUGUCAGAGCCCCAGAUGAAUAAAGCGGCCAGUUCAGAGGACGCUGAUCCACAGAUGACUACAUGUGAAACUGAUACACCCUGUGUGAGCUCCCGGCCUGUGCUGAUGUCAGAGCCCCAGAUGGAGGAAGCGGCCAGUUCAGAGUACACUGAUCCACAGGCUGAACCGAGAAUACCAAGACUCAGACGGACAAAAAGCAUCAUUAUGAAAGAUCCAUGUCUGGAAGAUUGUGAACUGUACGAUAGUACAUCAGGCAGUGAAGAAGAGUAUGUCCCUGAUACCACCUCAGAAUCAGAGGACAGUGAUGCUAGCCUUAAUAUUCAACAAGCAACACGCAAGUCUUAUGAUAACCCACUGAGUGACCAUUGUACCAUGUUAUGUGAUACUACAACACCCGAUGUGGACAACAAUAGCAGUACAUGUGAAAUCACAGCAGAGGAGGAACCCUGCGCAAUUCAGGACCCCAGUGAUGUAGUUGUUGGUGCAUUCCAAAAAAACAAUGGCAAGAGAGUCUACAAUAAGAGACACCAUUGUGUGUAUUGCAGCAAGCCGUAUGCCAAAAUGGCAAGGCAUCUUGAAAGUGUGCACUAUGAUAAAAGGGAUGUGGCAAAAGCAAUUAGCUUUCCUAAGGGGUCAAAGGAAAGAAAAAGACAAUUGGAUUACAUUCGUAACAGAGGCAACUAUGCUCAUAAUGCCACUGUAAUCGAGAAAGGAAAGGGGCAACUUGUACCGUUUAAACGCCCACCAAAACAAGCACAGGGAGUAGAUUUUUUGCACUGUGUGUACUGCCAAGGACUGUUUAUCAGAAAGACUCUGUGGCGACACAUGCGAAAUUGCAGACUGAAGCCUGCAUCACAGACCCCAAAACCUGGACAGAACCGCGUUCAGGCUUUAUGUACAUAUGCUGGGCCUUUGCCGUUACAUAUGAACAAGCUACUGUGGAAAGUUGUCAGUGUAAUGAAUCCAGAUUCGAUCACAGACAUAAUAAAACAUGACAAGGUCAUUAUGGAUGUUGGGCAACACUUGCUCAGUAAAGGUGGAAUGACGGCAAAAAACGAACAGUGUGUCAGAGAAAAAAUGCGUGAACUGGGACGACUCGUUGUCAAUGCCAGGAAAGUAACACAGUUAAAGAAGCUGGAGGAUUUCAUCAACCCUGAAAAUUAUCUUCAGAUGGUCAAAGCUGUCAAAUUUACCUGUGGCUACGAUAGUGAAACGAACACAUUUGCCAUCCCAUCACUGGCAACCAAACUGGGACAUUCUUUAGUAAAAGUCAGCAAGCUCUUGAAAGCUCAGGGACUAAUAUCCAAUAACAAGGAGCUUGUGAAGCAUGCUACUGAAUUCCAAGACGUUCACAAAGAGAAAUGGAAUGCACUCAUUUCGGCAACAGCAUUGAGGAACCUCGCUGAAGCAAAAUGGAAUGCACCCACUCUAAUGCCAUUCACCGAGGAUGUUCAAAAGUUGCACCAGUUUCUUGAUAAAAUGCAAGAGGAGCACAGCAGUACACUGUCCGAAAGUCCUUCUACAAAGGCCUGGACAGAUCUGGCAAAGGUAUGUUUGACACAGAUCAUACUGUUCAACAGACGCAGGGAAGGAGAGGUGGCAAGCAUGCCCCUGCAUGCAUUUUUGACAAGGGACAGAACUGAUCCCCAUCAGGAUUUGGACUGGGCCUUGUCUGAGGUAGAAAAAAAGCUGUGCAGACAUUUCACACGAAUUGUCACCAGAGGGAAACGAGGUAGACCGGUGCCAAUUCUGCUAACCCCCAAAAUGCUUCGCGCACUGGAGCUUCUUGUUGAUCAGAGAAUUGCUUGUGGCGUCCUAAAGGACAACAUUUUUGUGUUUGCGAGACCUGAAGCACUGUCGCACUUGCGUGGCUCAGAUUGCAUGCGUGUUAUGGCAGGAGCAUGUGAAGCAAAGUGUCCGAAGGCACUGACUUCAACUAAACUACGGAAGCAUGCUGCAACACUUUCUACAGUCCUAAACAUGACCGAUACUGAGAUGGACCAACUGGCCAACUUUCUUGGUCAUGAUAUUCGGAUUCAUCGUGAAUUCUACAGACUCCCAGACAAGACACUACAACUUGCCAAGAUUAGUAAAGUCCUGAUGGCUCUUGAGCAAGGAAGAUUGGUGGAGUUCCACGGAAAGAACCUGGAUGAAAUCGAUAUAGAUCCAAAUGAAGAAGUUCUGGGUAGGGGUGAGGAAGAUUGGUGCAGAGAGGAAGAAAACUGCUCAUCAACUCUUCAUGAACCAUCAGAACAUGAAACUGUGGCAGACACUGAGGAGAAUCAGAUACCACCUGAACAGAAGAGAUGCACACUGCCACCAGCAGAAGAUGGAGCAUCUUCUGGAGUCAGUGCUCUGAGGAAUUCUUCCCAAGAAACAUCAGAAGAGGAAAAUGUGGCAGACACUGAGGGGAAUAAAAUCCCACCAAAACAGAAAAGACGCAAACUGCCACCAGCAGAGGAUGGAUCUUCUGGAGUCAGUGCUGUGAGGCAUUCUUCCAAAGGUAAGGCCUCAUGCAAAAGGACACCAUGGCAGCCAGCAGAGGUUAAGGCGGUCGAGAGGCACAUGAGUGCAUUAAUCCGCGGUUGCACUGUGCCAUCGAAAAUGGAAUGUGAGAAGUGUUUAAGAGCAGAGCCAGAAGCUCUUAAGAAUAGAGACUGGCAAAACUUGAAAUUUUUUGUUUAUAACCGUAUUACCGCCUACAAACGGAAAAUGUUGUUCAAGUAGGUUAGUAUGUCCUGUUUCUUUCAGGUGUUCUUGAUGUAAUUGGCUGACUGAUGUUUAGUUCUCAUGUAUGCUGCCAAGUAUUUUAUUUAUUUUAUUUUUUAUUUAAUUAGCAGUUUAUUUUGUUCCUUUUUAGUGGAACUUACUUUAUUGCAAAAAAAUAUUAAAGUUCAUUUCACUUUGCUGGAAUUAAAAAGUUCAGCUAUACAAUUCAAGUGGGUUUGAUUCUCAUUUUAUCUACUGAAAUUUAUAUUAAGGAGAAACUAAAUGUAACUCAUUUUGUCAGCUGAGCCUCGCUCUCACUAAGCAACUCGGUUGUGUGUGCAGACCUUAAAUGGCAUCAGACAAACAAUAUGUAUUUAGUAUAAUGAUCAAAAACGCUUUGCAAUAUAUUAACAGCUAAAGUUCAACAUCAUUUGAACUAUCUCUACUCAAUAUUAAUUUUGUCCUUAAUGUCAUUUACUUUUUUUUUUUCUUUUAUAGAAUUGGCUUCUUAGAAAAGGAUUUAAUUUUCAUUGUUUUAUGUAAAAGUAGGUCCCCAUUAGUCACCAAAUAAUCUGUGUGAAAUAUGCUAAUUCAUGUAAAUGAUGUACCCUGAAAGCAUGUUUACUGGUUUUUCCGGAUGUCCCCGUAAAGCCUGAUUUAAACAUGCCUAGAACCUUACUUCAUCAUUUCAGAGGUUUGAAGGCGUGUAUAGGUUAACUAAGCUAUGGUAAGUUUACUCAAUUUUUUUCAGCUCUCUACAACCUCUAGAAAGGGUGGUCCCCAGCAGUGAGGAUUAAAACUGGAGUCCUU